GGAUCCAGGGGUUUUAAAAAGUCGUGGGAAUGACGUCAUAAUUCAGCGACACAUUUGUCAGUAAACAAAAUGGCGUCCUACUGUCUGACUGUCAGUCGAUUACGGCUUGUCCUGGGUGACACAGCCAGGCGGCUUCAUGUCUCCUCCGCCCUCGGCUCCAAAUCUAAAGUGGCGAUGAGCCGAUUUGAGCCCGGCUCCUCCGUCGACUACAACACACUGCUGAGCAACAUCAACAUCGUCCGGAAGAGACUGAACCGUCCCCUCACUCUGUCGGAGAAGAUCGUGUAUGGACACCUGGAUGACCCAGUGGGUCAGGAGAUCACGAGAGGCCGUACGUACCUGCGUCUGCGUCCGGACCGUGUGGCCAUGCAGGACGCCACGGCGCAGAUGGCCAUGCUGCAGUUCAUCAGCAGCGGCCUGCCCAGAGUGGCCGUGCCCUCCACCAUCCACUGUGACCACCUGAUCGAGGCGCAGGUCGGCGGAGCCCAGGACCUGCAGAGGGCCAAGGAAGUGAAUCAGGAAGUCUAUAACUUCCUGGCUACAGCUGCAGCCAAGUACGGUGUUGGAUUCUGGAAACCGGGAUCAGGAAUCAUUCAUCAGAUUAUUCUGGAAAACUUUGCAUACCCAGGAGUGAUGCUGGUUGGCACAGACUCUCACACACCCAACGGAGGCGGGCUUGGGGGCAUCUGCAUCGGAGUGGGCGGAGCCGACGCCGUGGAUGUCAUGGCGGGGAUUCCAUGGGAGUUAAAGUGCCCCAACGUGAUUGGGGUGAAGUUGACCGGCUCUCUCUCUGGCUGGACGUCUCCUAAAGACGUCAUUCUGAAAGUAGCAGGUAUUCUGACUGUAAAAGGAGGCACAGGCGCUAUAGUGGAGUAUCACGGACCAGGAGUUGACUCCAUCUCCUGUACAGGCAUGGCCACUAUCUGUAACAUGGGUGCUGAGAUCGGAGCCACUACAUCUGUGUUCCCCUACAACCACCGCAUGAGGACCUACCUGGAGAAAACGGGGCGUAAAGAGAUUGCUGAGCUGGCGGAUGAAUAUAAAGAGUGUUUAGUUCCUGAUCCUGACUGCCAUUACGAUCAGCUCAUCGAGGUCAACCUGAGUGAGCUGAAGCCGCAUAUUAACGGGCCGUUCACUCCUGACCUGGCACACCCGGUGUCUGAGAUCGGAGCUGCAGCUCAGAAGAACGGCUGGCCACUCCAGGUCAAAGUGGGUCUGAUUGGGAGCUGCACUAACUCCAGCUAUGAGGACAUGGGCCGUGCCGCCUCUCUGGCUCAGCAGGCGCUGGAUCACGGCCUGAAGUGUAAAUCCCAGUUCACCGUCACGCCGGGGUCGGAGCAGAUCAGAGCCACCAUCGAGAGAGACGGAUAUGCUCAGGUCCUGAGGGACGUUGGGGGUGUGGUUCUGGCUAACGCGUGUGGGCCGUGUAUUGGGCAGUGGGACCGGCGUGAUGUGAAGAAAGGUGAGAAGAACACCAUCGUUACAUCCUUCAACAGAAACUUCACGGCUAGAAAUGACGCAAACCCGGCCACACACGCCUUCGUCACUUCGCCUGAGAUCGUCACAGCUCUGUCGAUAGCCGGCACUCUAAACUUCAACCCUGAGACAGACUACCUAACUGCUGCUAACGGAGAGAAGUUUAAGCUGGUGCCCCCUACAGGAGACGAGCUGCCAGUGCUAGACUUUGACCCAGGUGAGGACACCUACCAGCACCCGCCCACAGACGGACACAGCGUCCAGGUGGACGUGAACCCGCAGAGCAACAGACUGCAGCUGCUCGAACCCUUCCAGAAAUGGGAUGGGAAAGACCUGGAGGACAUGCGGGUGCUGAUUAAGGUGAAGGGUAAAUGUACUACCGACCACAUCAGCGCCGCUGGUCCGUGGCUGAAGUUCCGCGGUCACCUCGACAACAUCUCCAACAACCUCCUGAUCGGAGCAGUGAACAUCGAGAACAACGCCGUCAAUAAGAUCAAAAACCAGCUGAGUGGAGAGUACGGGGGCGUGCCGGACGUCGCCCGCGUCUACAAGGCGAACGGCGUGCAGUGGGUGGUCGUGGGAGAUGAGAAUUACGGCGAAGGCUCCAGCAGAGAGCAUGCGGCUCUGGAACCCCGACACCUCGGAGGAAGAGCCAUCAUCGUCAAGAGCUUCGCCAGGAUCCACGAGACUAAUCUGAAGAAGCAGGGCUUAUUGCCCCUGACGUUCUCAGACCCUCGGGACUAUGACAAGAUCUGCCCCGAUGAUAAGAUCUCCAUCAUCGGACUGCAGUCUUUCGCCCCUGGCAAGCCUCUGACCGCCGUGUUGAAGCACUCAGACGGCAGUUCGGAGAGCAUCCAGCUGAACCACACCUUCAACGAGACGCAGAUCGAGUGGUUCCAGGCUGGCUCCGCCCUUAACAGGAUGAAGGAGCUCCAGCGCUGAAUGGGAGGCGGAGUCUCCAAACAGGGGGGGCGGGUCAAAGGGCCAGGUCCAAAAUAUUCCAAAUAUAGGAAUAUUUUGGCCAAAUAUACAUGAUUUCCCUCUUAAUCCAAACACACUUCACUCAGCCAGGGUGUGUUUGGUGUCCAAGGCUUGCGUUGCACAAUGCUAAACCAUUAGCUUCUAUUACUUCUUAGCUACACGAGGUAUGUAGCUUAGUGAAAAGUACAUUUUAUUUUUGGUUGAACUUUCACUUUAAUGAUGUGGACGAGUUUAAAGGGAGGAAAGAUUUUAAGCACACCAGUAGUACACACACACACACACACACACACACACGCAUAUAACACGUCGCUGACACACAAUAGACACGUCACACUAGACACACACAAUCAUCAGAAAAUGAUCAUAACAUCAUCUCCAAGUAGGAAAACCAAGUAAGCACACACACACACACACACACACACACACAUAAACAUUGCAUUAACAUAUUGCAUAUUGUACCUCAUCCAAACCCUGUGUCCAGCACUCCAUAGUGAAAACACUGUCACCAUUGUGUUACUGUAGCCAGUGUGUUGCCCCACACACACACACACACACACACACACACACACACACACACACACACAUGCACACACACAGACUCUCUCUCUCUCUCUCUCUCUCUCUCUCUCUCGUUUGCAGUUGAAACAUUCCUUUCCCUCUUUCACCCACCCUGCUGUAAGGAACAGUUACAUCAUGAUUUGCUCUACUCAUGACUCUGGCUUCACGGGAAAGAUUCCGUGGGUUCAAAUCCCAACGCUGUCGUUUCUCUUUUCCCCCGACGGAGUUGUGGUGCUGUUUAGUAAACCGUUACGUAAUGAGAGUUUGCUAAUACACGCUGUACAGAAAUACCAUAAACACUCCUUCCCUCAUCAUCCUCUCUUUUUUUUUAAUGAUUAUAUAAGACAAAAAUGAAUAAAUUAAUAAGACCAAAAAAUAUCAGGUUGAUGAGGAAACCGCGAAGCGUAAACUCUUCUGUCCUGUAAACUGUUACAAACGCUGACACUGGAGACUCCUUCCAUAAAUGUUAAAUCAAUAACGGAAAACUUCACCAUAUCAAUCGUAGAUCGUCCGCUGUACUAGUCCCUGUGUGCGUUGUUACUAUAGAAACGAUAACGUAUUAGAAGGAGCAUAAUAAUAUGAACCUGAAAUGUGAUUUGAUUGAGUUCUGGGUCUUUUACAUGUUUUUUUUUGUUUUGUUUUUUACAAGUUGUUUUUUAACUUCCUUUAUCAGAAGCCAGAUCCCACUCUUUGGUCAAGUAGAUCACUCCAUAAACCCGGUAAUUACUUAACGAGCUGCUCGUUUCUGAUUCGCUUUUGGUUUGUGUGGAUGAACUGUUCGGAGCAGGAGUUCGAUAAUAAAUGCCGAUCGUGUCCCGUCGCCUGCAUUAUCAGCUGCCAGCUAUCGUGUUUCCUCUCCUGCUACUGCUGUGUGAACACUCCUGAGUCAGAGAUGCUCUUCAGAAAGCAGUGUGUGUGUGUCAGGGUGUGUUUUAAUAUCUUGGUGGAGACCAAAUCUCCCCACAAGGAUAGGAAUAUCUCACAGUACUGAACUUGUGGGGACAUUUAACUGGUUCCUGAGAGGGAAAACUGCAGCUUUUGUUUAAAAACUAAAAGAGACAAAAGGUUUUCUUUCAGUUACUGAGGUUGAGGUUAGGAUUAGAUUUAGCUUAAGCAUUAAUUAGCCACAUUCAUAAUUAUAUCAAUGGAAGGUCCUCAAAAGGAUAGCAAGACAAGCACUGGGGUGUGUGUGAGUGUGUGUGAGUGUGUGUGAGUGUGUGUGAGUGUGUGUGAGUGUGUGUGAGUGUGUGUGAGUGUGUGUGAGUGUAGAGUCUUGCCUUCAUAAAGCUUCCAUCAUGUCAAUAACUGACUCACUUCCUGGCCUCGUGGAAAAACUGAACACACAAUAGUGGUUUGAGAGCUGUGUUUGAACACAUGUGCACACACACACACACACACACACACACUUGAGGAUUUUCCAUUAACAUAAUUAUUAAUGCAUCUAAUGAAUGCUUAUGCACACACCUAAAUGUAAAUGUAGCCCUUAAUGUUAUAACCUUUGGUUUCUGUUUUCUUUCUUUCUUUUUUCUUUUUUUAAAGCAGAAAGAUUUUUUUCCUGUCCCUGUGGGGACCGACAAAAUGUCCCCACAAAGUCAAAACUGUCCUAUCUUUCUGGUGACUUUUGGUCCCCACCAAGAUAUAAAACCAUUCUCACACACACACACACUCCCACUCCCUCUUAGACACUUCACUCCUUGCACAGCUCAGUUAAAUUUAUUAAGAGUUUUCUCUGUUUCUUUUUGAAACUGACAGACAGGGUUGUUAGCAGUCGGUCAGCGAUCAUAUGUAAGAUCUCUAUCCCUGUACCAUUUAUAGAACAAGUGGCGUUUUUUUUUUUUCUUGUAUUCACUGAUUUCACUGACUGAGCUGCAGAUUAGCACUUACUGACAUUUAAAAGGUCUCUAAUUGUUUGUACAUCAAGCCAUUUGUGGUCUAAAGUCUCGAAGUCUCGUGAGUAUUGUACUUAUAAAAUAGUCUAGAGCUCAUCGAUUGAUUGGAUGCUGCCAGAUUGUAAUGCUUCAAAGUGUGCACUUAGAAGAGUCUUAGGAUCUGUGAAUUGGUUUUCUGGAGCUGAGCUAAGGUUAUUAUGCUCCAUGUUAAAGAAAUACUCACCUUCAGUCUCUAUCCUCUGUGCCUGUGGCUGCAGCGUAUGUGACUGACAAAAAAAUCUUCAAAUCCACAUGAGAUCAAAAUAGGUGUGAGCCUCGGAGAGCUCCAGAUAGAAAGAAUCCAGUAUGGAAAUCAAUCACUCAAUCCUUUCAACACACUCCCUCCCUGACUUCCUGUUUCAAAAUACAGAAAUAUUGCUCCAGUAACUACAUCGUACAUGUCAUGUGGAUUCUCCAACGAGUUUAGUACAAAGCUUCUGUAAUGCCAGGUUAAUAUUCAAAAGUUGUAAAUUGUGAUCUAAAGUGCUCUUAGAUUAAAAAGGGGAGGCAAGACUCAGAUAGAAAUGGACUUUUACUUGCAAAAUGUGUCAAAAUACGAAGUCUAUUCUUUAAAUCAUUGACAGAGUAGACAUUUUUUUUAACCCAGUUCUUUUAGUAAACACGUGGAGAGAUUGUUUAAUACUGCUUUGUUUUCUCCUCUUAGCUUUCGGCAUUCAUUUCCACUAAUGUCUAAAUCCUGACGAGUUCUUCAACGGGUUCUAAGCAUUAUGGUUUAAUGUCAUUGUUACAUUACCGGUUUUGUGUCAAAUGCCUUACGAGGGAGUCUGACGUAGUGAUAUUUUCAGACAGGUCCUCAUAAGAAGCUUGUUUAAAGUGUGUUACUGGUUCUGAGUGCCUUUGUGCAGUUGCUGCUCGCUUACUGAGCCUGAAUGCUGAACCCUGAACCUCUUGUCCUGAUCAUACGCAUUUCAGUACCUGUGGAAACUGCGUAGCCUCUCUGUGGUGUAAAUGUUUGCCAGUGAUGUGGCACUUUCUAUCUAAGAAGCUUUAAUCGUGACUGAAAUGUUACUGUACACUCCUAAGUGCACAUGACUCUACGAUUCUGCACAGACGUGUUCUUUAUAAAUCACACUCGAUUAAUCGGUUAACAUCUGUCAACAUCUGUCAACAUCUGUCUUUCUGUUCUGAUUUUAAUGUUGAUUUUUUUUUUUUGUAGGAUGUGAUUUGACUGCUUGCGGUUUUAUUAUGAUGUGGAAUAAAAAGUGUUUAAUAUCCUUGAUGAAUGGUAAAUAAAAUCUCACAUAAGUUGU